ACCUGGAAAGAACGGAAUCAAUUUCAGUGACGCUGGAAUUUUCACACGCGGUGGAGCGUGAUGACUCUGAAGGUUUAUCUAUGUUUGUGUUGGUUGUCAAGGGUUGAAUUAGCCGACAAAACCAUCAUGGAAGUGAGCUUCCUCAUAUGGGCGGACUCAUCUUACCUGCAUAUAGGCUAACCUCAAGAGAUAUUUGGUCAUUCUUAGCCCGUCCACAUAAAAGCCUGGAAUGACCUCGACGUUUGGAGAAGGAGGAAGAGAGCAUCCUCAGACCUCGAUACACGCGUAACACCAGCAUAUUGAACUACUAGCUACGAUGUCGAGGGCUCAGCUCAAGAACAGCAAAACACCAAAUACGUCGAACCCAUCCUCCCUCAAGCCUCGCUAUGAAAUCCGGCAGCUAGAACCCAAGCAUGCCAAAUGGGUUGCCGCAAUCGUAGCGCACAGUAACGGCUUCUACUCUCCAGUAUGGCCUGUCCUCUAUCCCGAGAAGGACGGCAAGGAUGUGAUUCAACUGGCUCUCGACUCGGACUACCUCGUAAUGCACCAAAUCAACAGCGGUCUCUCUUUUGGCGUGUUCGAUACCGAGUACGUCUUCAAGCACGAUGAGAGCAAGGCGACUGAAGGCAAGCUGUAUUGGGACAUCUCUGAGCCGAGCGUGAAAGAGUCACAAGGGCUGGAGGCUGAUGCACAAAGGCUGUUGCAGCAGAUGGACUUCCCUCUCGUCAGCGUGGCGCUGUCCUACGAUGCAUUCAAUACAUUGGAUAUGAGCAAAAUGGAGUCGCUUCUUGCUGCUCUACCGCACUUCGGACUGGUGUAUCACAUCCUCGGAGAACGCGACCCUAGGGAUCCAGAGAGCUGGAAGCCAAAGGGACCAAACGAAGUCCUACUCCGCAACGCAACGUCAACGCGUAGAGACUACGAGGGCGAAGGAACCAUGGCUGGGUUGGCGCGUUGGUUGAUGCGGGAAGCCGAUGCGAGAGGCUUCAGAGGUAUUCAGAUCGAGGCGUUGGCUGAUGCCGUCACGCAUGUGUGGAGUACAUCUGAGCCUCCGUACAAAGGCGUAGUGAUCAGCGAGUUUCAUACGGAUACGUGGAAAGACGAGGGGGGCAACAUUGCAUUUGCUCCGGCGCAUCAGAGAGUAACGAAGGUUUACGUCGAUCUUAAGGCGCGGGCAUGAUGAACAGCGUGACGACAACGACUUGAUUGCUCUUUUGGCUUCAUCUCAAGUCCCUUUUCAAUUUUGGAGGUAUACGAACAUAUCAAAAUCAAAGCUCUUUUGCAUAAUCAUCAAGCCACGAAAGAUUAUACUGCGGCAACGAGAACACUUGUGUAUAUGCAAAGCUUGGUGUUCAUUGAAGGCAUGCAGCUGUCAUCCGAGUUUCGAUGAUGGAAGGUCGCUCGGUGGGUUUGCGGUAGCGCGAAGUGGGCUGCGGGGUCCACAGCUUCAGGUACGUCACAAGCUCCGCAGGAAGUGUAAGAA